CCCAUGUCGUCUGAAGCAAAAAUGGGGACUCACCUGGUUCUUGAUGGCCAACCUUUGGAGCAACAGAACGUGAUCGAUCGGGUGGCCAACCUUCCCUUGGUGAGCUCCACCUGCCACCUGGUGGUCUCGGCCUACACCUCCACCAAGGAGACGAGCCCCUACUUGAAGUCCGUCUGCAAUGUGGCCGAGAAAGGGGUGAAAACCCUCACCGCGGCUGCUCUGUUUGGUGCCCAACCUCUGGUAACAAGGCUGGAGCCUCAGCUUGCAACAGCCAGUGUAUAUGCAUGCAGAGGAUUGGAUAAACUGGAAGAGAAGCUACCGAUCUUACAGCAGCCGUCUGACAAGGUGGUCGCAGACACCAAGGAGUUGUUGUCCAACAAAGUCACCGGAGCCCGAGAUGCCGUUUCCAGCUCCGUCAACGGGGCGAAGGAAGCCGUGUCCAGUGGCGUGAGCGGGAUGGUGGACGUGGCCAAGGGAGCUGUCCAGGGCAGCAUGGAGAUGACCUGCUCCGUCGUGGCAGGGGGUGUGAACAGCGUUAUGGGCUCCAGAGUGGGCGAGAUGAUCACCGCUGGUGUGGAUACUAUGCUGGGCAAGUCGGAAGAAUUGGUGGAUUAUUACCUCCCCAUGACGGAUCGAGAGCUCGCUGAACUGGCUACGUCUUUGGAGGGCUUCGAAAUCGGCACGGUGCAGCAGCAGAAGGAGCCAAAAAGCUAUUUUGUGCGUCUGGGGUCCUUGUCCGGCAAACUCCGCCAGCGUGUCUUCCCGCAUUUCCUGGCUAAGUUGAAAGACGCCAAGGAGAGCACCCAAGAUGCCCUGGGCCAGCUCCACCAUACCUUAGUGCUGAUUCAACAUGUCAGACAUGGGGUGGACCAGACGCUGGAGAAUGGCCAAGAGAAGCUCCAUCAGAUGUGGCUGGUCUGGAGCCAGAGGCAUCCCCGGAACUGCAGGCCACUGGAUUCCUCAGCACAGACAGAGGUCGAGUCCCGGGCGAUGGCCAUGUUUCGUGGACUGACUCGACAGCUGCAGCUUUCCUAUCUGACCUUCGUGUCUCAGCUCCGGGGCCUGCCCACCGGCCUCCAAGACAAAGCCAAGCUGAUCUGGCACAUGAUGGAGGACCUCAACGGAUCCUUCUUGGCCGCCGGUUCCUUCCAGGAGGUGUCCCCCAGCACCUUGGCUCAGAGCUGUCAACGGAUCGUCAAAGCCCGGGGUUCGGUGGACGAGAUCGUGGACUACGUGGUGCAGAACGUCCCCCUGCCUUGGGUGGUGGGUCCGUUCGCCCCCAGCUUGGUGGAACUGCCUUACACCUCUAGCAUGGAGGGCAACGAGGAAGGAGAAGAUCCCCCACGACGCAGACUUUCUGCAAAAAAAGAGCAGAAGGAAAACUCUUAAUUUAGAGAGCUGAAGGAGGCGAGGUUCAAAAACGGCUCCCGCAAACCAGGGGUGGGAUGCAAAUAUUUUUAACUGCCGUUUCUGUGGGCGUGGCUAGGUGGUUGUAGCCGUGUGACUGGGUGGGCGUGGCUUCUUUUUUGUAACACCCACCUAUCCCCCUGCACUCCUUUUUUUUUGACCUCCCGGGCCUCAGGGAAGCAGCUCUUGGGCAGCCAUUUUUGAGUGCAGUGGGGGUGCCUCAAGGUGGGAGGGUCUAGGUGGUUGUGGCCAUCUUGACUGGGUGGGCGUGGCCUUUUUGUUUUUUGUUUUUUUGUUUUUUGGCAGCACACACACACACUCCCGGGCGCCCAUCAGCCGGUACUUCAAGAUGUUCAUAUCCCCAAGAUACAAACCAACAAACAUUGAUGUAUGCAAGUCAUUUAUUUAUGUACAAGUAAUGCACAUCCCCUCCGGCGACGCCGGCUUGAAUUCCAAUCUCGCUGGGAGCGUUUGCCUUCCCGUGGCUGAGGCGCUCUUUAUAGCAUAACCCCACCCAUCUAAUCGCCAGCUACCUCCUGUACGCCGCCCUAUUCUAAUUACCCAUGUAUUCGAUGUUUCCUAAUACGGCUAAUUAGUGACUUAGGCUGUACUCCCAUGCCAUAGCUUCGAACGCUUUGCACCCUCCUUAUCGCCGAUCCCCUCUACUUCCCUGAACACCCUGUAAACAUAAAUCCCUCCCUCCCCGCACUAUAGCGGAGCGCCCCAGCCAUGUCAUAUGGGAAUUCCCACUCAGCCUCCCCCUUCCAGGUAGCAGUGCGAAGAAUCCCCGUUCCACAUCCACUUCGUCACCGGUGGGAGGGAAUCCCCGAUUAGCAUCUUUUAUUCUUGUAUUACUGGCGGGCCUAGUCGAAUAUGGGGCCCUACAGCCCCUUUUUGCCUCCUGGGACUCAGGGAAGCCUCCUGGGGGAAGCAGUAAGACAG